GCGGCUGUCAGAUGAUGAGGAGAUUAUCCUCCUUCACUCAGACUCAGUGUUAACACGGAUCCAGACGGGCUGCAGGUGCUUUGGGACACAACAUGGGAAACGCCGACACCAAGCUUCACUUCAGGAAAGCGGUGAUUCAGCUCACAACUAAAACUCAGCCCGUAGAAGCCACAGACGACGCCUUCUGGGAUCAGUUCUGGGCCGACACCUCCACCACCGUCCAGGAUGUCUUCGCUCUGGUGCCGGCGGCCGAGAUCAGAGCCGUCAGAGAGGAGUCUCCGUCCAACCUGGCAACCCUCUGCUACAAGGCAGUGGAGAGGUUGGUCCAGGGUGCAGACUCCGGCUGCCCCUCAGAGAAAGAGCGUCAGAUCGUCCUGAACUGCACCCGCCUGCUCACCCGCAUCCUGCCCUACAUCUUUGAGGACGCCGACUGGAGAGGCUUCUUCUGGUCCACCGUGCCAGGAGCCGGCAGAGCAGGGCGUUUGGACGAAGAUGGCGAUGUGGAUGAAGCACGGCCGCUGGCUGAGUCGCUGCUGCUCGCCAUCGCCGACCUCCUGUUCUGUCCAGAUUUCACCGCUCAGAGCCACAAGAAGAGCAGCACGUUCGAGACGGAGCUGCUGAAGUUGCUCCUCACCUGUUUCUCUGAGGCCAUGUACCUUCCUCCGUCCUCUGACAGCAGUUAUCUCAACCCCUGGGUGUCCUUCUUCUGCUCCACAGAAAACAGACACGCCCUGCCUCUGUUCACCUCCCUGCUCAACGUGGUGUGUGCCUACGACCCCGUGGGCUACGGCAUCCCGUACAACCACCUGCUGUUCUCUGACCACCGGGAGCAGCUGGUGGAGCAGGCGCUUCAGAUCCUUAUCGUCACCCUGGAGCAUGAGGCUGGGUCGGCCGCCAGCGCAGCCCUCCAGGCCCUGGACACCUCCGCACUGUCCUCAGCUGCAGAGGAGCAGGAGCCAGCUGCACCUGAUAACCUGUUUGUGAAUUAUCUCUCCAGGAUACACAGAGAGGAGGACUUGAGCUUCAUCCUGAAAGGUCUGGCACGGCUGAUGAACAAUCCUCUGAUCCAGACAUACCUGCCUCGUUCCACCAAGAAGAUCCAGUUCCACCAGGAGCUGCUGAUCCUCUUCUGGAAGUUCUGAGACUUCAACAAGAAAUUCCUGUUCUUCGUGCUGAAGAGCAGUGACGUGUUGGACAUGCUGGUUCCCAUCCUCUUCAGCCUGAACGAUGCCAGAGCAGAUCAGUCUCGUGUUGGUCUCAUGCACAUCGGAGUGUUCAUCCUCCUGCUGCUGAGCGGAGAGAGGAACUUUGGCGUUCGUCUGAACAAGCCGUACACUCUGCGUGUCCCCAUGGACAUUCCCGUGUUCACGGGGACACACGCUGACCUGCUGAUUGUGAUCUUCCACAAGAUCAUCACCAGUGGACACCAGCGCCUGCAGCCUCUGUUUGACUGCCUGCUCACAAUCAUAGUGAACAUCUCUCCUUAUCUGAAGAGCCUGUCCAUGGUGGCGGCCAACAAGCUGCUCCACCUGCUGGAGGCCUUCUCCACCCCCUGGUUCCUCUUCUCCGCCCCCCAGAACCACCACCUGGUCUUCUUCCUGCUGGAGGUUUUCAACAACAUCAUCCAGUAUCAGUUUGAUGGGAACUGCAACCUCGUGUACGCCAUCAUCCGAAAGCGGAAUGUGUUCCACCAGCUGGCCAACCUGCCGUCAGACACCGCGUCCAUUCAGAGGGCGCUGCAGAAGAAGAAGAAGUCUGGGAUAUCCAGGACCAACUCUGCAGAGACGGAGUCCAUGGAAGGCUCCAGACCAGCUGCAUCUGCAGAGCCCGGCACUCUGAAAGCCAGUUUAGAGGCAACUCCAGGAAUCGAUAAGAUAACAGAGAAGUCCCAGGUGAGCGUGGACGGCACGAUGGUCGCUGUGCCACAUUCAGACUCUCAACAGACGACGGCUGACAGCAGCGCAGCAGCUGGAGCCAGUGACACAGAGUCCAACUCAGAGAGAGACCCCGAGGUCUAUCACACAGAGUCAGAGGCAGCGAGGAGUCGGUUGUCAAGUGUGUCAUCAUCAGCAGCAGCAGCCUGGAGCGCCAAUACAGACUGGGUGUUGGCGUGGAAGGCGAAGCUUCCUCUGCAAACCAUCAUGCGGCUGUUACAAGUCCUGGUCCCUCAGGUGGAGAAGAUCUGUAUCGACAAGGGUUUGACAGACGAGUCAGAAAUCCUAAAGUUCCUUCAACACGGCACGCUGGUCGGCCUCCUGCCCGUCCCUCAUCCCAUCCUCAUCAGGAAGUACCAAGCCAACGCCGGCACCGCCAUGUGGUUCCGCACCUACAUGUGGGGCGUGAUCUACCUACGCAACGUGGAUCCUCCAAUCUGGUACGACACGGACAUACGGCUCUUUGAGAUCCAGAGGAUUUAGAGCAGCUGCCGAAGGUUCUCUUCACUCACUCGCCACCAACGAGAUCUCGCAGCUGACCUGAGAUCAGAGGAACCAUUCUCUGGUGUUAUUUAAAGAAAACAAGCAGUGAUGAUGUCGUGCUUCGUUCUUCCUGCCAACUUUCAGUGUUCAGACUAAAAUGAAGGAUGUUUAAAUGUGUCAAACAGAAGUUAGUGUGUGUCACACACAGACCUGUGUCACCAGCGAUGCCAAACAGUCAUUAAAUCUGACAUUUAUUGAACAUUGAUUUAUUCACAAGUUCCAGCCAAACAAAGUGGGAAAUCAUUUCUUAAUGGAGCUUUGUGCACAGAGGAGUCACGCUGAAACAGGACAGAGACAAACCAAACUGUUGACAGACAAACAUCAUUGUGUUCUUUAACUGCAUUUAAAGAAAACACACUAUUAAAAAACAGCCUCAGACCCAAACUGUAGAAGGAUGUCCUCAUACUUUUGGCCAUGUAUAAACUAAAUAAAUAUAUACCAUGUUUGGUUUUUUUCAACCACA